AACUAGGAACCUUCUCAGCACCAUCCAAAGAGAGGAAUGUGUCUGAAGAUUUCAAAAUACCUAACUUGUAGAGGAUCUCAGCUCCAUCAUUCUGUUCUGGGCGGAACAACAAAUGGAAGGAAAUCAAUGUGCUAUCAAGCUGCACUUUGAAAUUCAUUAAGCUUUCUGAAGUCCACUUCUCUACCACGGGUCAAGAGGCACAAUGGAUUUUGACACCGUCUGCGCUUUGGGGAGUUUAAAUCAGUUAAAAUAUCUUAAUGACUCUUUCGAUGAAAAUUACACGAUUCUUCUUGAUCGCUGGUCUGACAAUGUUACCGACCUCAUAAUAGACUGGUCAACCACGACUAAAAUUGCCACCACGGUGAUCUAUCUAUUUAUUUGCAUAGUGGGGCUGGUGGGCAACUGUCUAGUAAUGUACGUAAUUGUCAGGUUUACCAAGAUGAAGACAGCAACAAACAUAUAUAUAUUCAAUCUUGCACUUGCAGAUGCAUUAGAAUUAAUAACAUUACCUUUCCAAGCGACUGAUGCACUCUUGGGAUUCUGGCCUUUUGGAAAUAUUGUCUGUAAAUUAGCAAUCUCAAUUGACUACUACAAUAUGUUCACCAGCAUCCUAACUCUGACAGUGAUGAGUGUCGAUCGGUACGUUGCGGUCUGUCACCCAGUUAAAGCAUUAGAUAUGCGAACACCCUUCAAUGCCAAGGUUGUAAAUGUGUGCAUCUGGGUGUUUGCUUCUGUAAUUGGAAUACCAGCAAUGAUCAUGGGAUCAGCUGACACCGAAAAUAAGGAAAUUGAAUGCCUUUUGGUACAUCCUCAGCCCCACAGUUACUGGAAGCCUAUAAUUGAGAUUGCUGUGUUUUUCUUCUCUUUUGUCAUCCCAGUUGUUGUCAUAACCAUUUGCUACACAUUAAUGCUCAGGCGGUUGAGAAGAGUGCGCGUACUUUCCGGGUCAAAGGAGAAGGACAGGAACCUGCGCAGAAUCACAAGAAUGGUCUUGGUGGUAGUUGCUGUCUUCAUUAUCUGUUGGACUCCAGUCCAUGUUCUAGUGUUGGUGCAAGCUGUGUGUAAUCGUGAAAUUUUAACUAUUAUGCCAAGCUGGCAUUUUUGUGUUGCCCUUGGCUAUGCCAAUAGCAGCCUCAAUCCUGUUCUUUAUGCCUUUCUGGAUGAAAAUUUCAAAAGAUGUUUCAAAGAAUUUUGCUUUCCCUCUGCUCUUAAAUCAGAAAUUAAGACAUCAAAUGGUAUGAGAAGUAUCACAAAAGGCAUUGCACUCUCAUGUAAGAAUACAGAUGGCAAUGAAAAUGCUGCAUGACUAGAAAUGGGGGCAGUUUCAGCUGCUGGCCAUCAGGAGAACAAAAUAAUCAAAUAUGGAGAUGACCCAAACUAUAGGCCUUUGAAGUAAAUAUUUCUGCUGCAAUUCUAGCUCAAAUAAAUUAAGAACUGGUUCUUAAAAGAAAACUAAUAAAAAUGAAUUUCAGACAUUGAAAAAUUGCACAAAUUGAUACAAGAAAUUAUCAAAAAUAUAAACAGGCAUAUUAACUCAAAUUUCAAAUUUUCAGACAAGUCACACUCUCCACUAAUAACUUUAAGCAAAUCUUUGGGCUAUAAAAAUUUCAUUUAAUUGUCAGAUGUAUUAUAUCGAAUUGAAUUUAUUGCAUGCUACUGAAAUAUGCUGAUCAUUUCAUUGUAUAGGAAGAAGUAAUUAAGGGCAAUGUCUGGCUUAAUAAAUAUAGCAUUAAAAAGUUAUUACAGUUACAGAUGAAUUAACUUUAAAAAAGGACUUGGAAAUUUCAUAUUUUUGGAUGCUCAUGACCCAAGUUAAAAUACCUAAGGCAUAAGAGAAAAUAAAAUAUUGUAAAAUUAUUUGUAUGAAAACAUAAAUUAUAUUUAUUUAAUUGUAAUAAAACUUUUUAUUGCAAGGCAUGAGGUACUCAGAGAAUCAUAUAAUAGCAUAGGUUUGCACUUUAACUUUAUUUGUGAUUGUUUACAAAAGAUGCAACUUUAAUGCUUGCAGCAUGAACCACAUUCCAAUAUAAUAGUCCGAUAUUCCUUUUUACCAGUUUCUAUGUAUAAAAUUAUUAUCUUAAUGUUUAGAGCAUAUCUUUAUGUGCAGUGAAUACAGUCACACGGUUUA